AUGCAAUACCGACUCUUCCCUGACUUGAAAGGCGUUGUUGGUGAAAACUCAAAGGCCAAAGUUAUCCAUGAUAGUUGGGAUGCUAGUUCUAUUUCUUAUCCCACUUUUGGUUUUACUGCUCAAAUCAGAAGGGGGCAAAAACUAAUAGCAUUUAUGACUAAUCAAAAACAGAAUAACAAAUUGAAACUCUCUGUACUCAAAUCUCUCAACUCCUACCUCUUGUCUAAAACUGAUGGUUCAGGCAGAUCGGAGAUGGCUUCGCCGGACACUCUCUCGACGGAGAAAAUUGCUCACAGCGCUGUUGUUCGAGGGAGAGAUAGCCCGCGGCUUCUCAAUAACGGCUUUGUGAUCAAUAUACCAAGUGAACCACCAUCUCUAAGUGACCUUUUCCUCCUUGUGGAUCUUAAUAACAAAGUUUGA